AUGACCGGAUCCCCUAGGCCAGCUGGACCUCCCGGAGAAAAGGGUGUUCAGGGACCUCCUGGGUCCCCAGGAGAAAACGGGACUUUUGGACCAGCUGGACCCCCUGGCGAAAAAGGGGCUUUGGGACCAGCUGGACCCCCGGGACAAAAGGGGGCUUUGGGACCAGCUGGACCCACGGGAGAAAAGGGGGCUUUGGGUCCAGCUGGGCCGAAGGGAGAAAGGGGUUCUUUGGGACCAGCGGGACCCCCAGGAGAAAGGGGGGCUUUGGGGCCAGCUGGACCACCAGGAGAAAAGGGGGCUCUAGGUUCUUUUAGGCCGCCAGGAGAACGGGGACCAAUUGGGCCAGUUUGCAAUGCGUCUGCCGGGCCUCCUGGACCCCCUGGUGAAAAAAGAUCCGUGGGGCCAGCUGGUUUUGGCGCCCCCGGACUCCCUGGGCCUCCAGGAAAUAUGGGGGCCAUCGGGCCAGUCUGCCUUGGGUCGGUCGGGCCUUCUGGUCCUCCAGGGGAGAAAGGAGCCAUGGGGCCAUCUGGCUUGGGGUCUCCCGGCAUUCCUGGGCCUCCAGGAAAAACCGGACCCAGAGGGCCAGUUGGUCAUGGACCUUCCGGGCCUCCUGGUCCUCCUGGAAAGACAGGUCCUCAAGGGCUGAUGGGUCCCCCCGGACCACCCGGUCUGCCAGGGACGUCAUUCUGCCCUGCUGCACCCUCUGGACAUUCCGAAAUAUCACGACGCCCUGGGUCAAAUGCAAUGUUUUGUGAUGACGGUUACACCCUGUUGAAAGGAACCUGCUACAAGAUCUUCAAGGUAUAUAGGAAGUUUAGCGACGCGUCUAACUUCUGUCGUGAAAAAGAUGGCGGCAACCUCGCCAUGCCCCGAGACGCUGAGACAAAUGACGCUCUGCUGAGGUUGCAGGAUUCUCUUUUCUUUUACUGGAUCGGCCUACACGAUCAGCGUGAGGAAGGGACGUUUGAGUGGGUGGAUGGUUCUGCGCUUGGAGAGUACGAGUUGUGGGCUCCCGGACAACCAACUGGUUACACCCUGUUGAGAGAAAUCUGCUACAAGAUCUACAAGAUAUCUAAGACAUUCAGCCAGGCGACUAAGAUCUGCGAUAACGAUGGUGGGCUCGGGCGUACCUAG